UUUCGUUCCACUUUAACACAAAUAUUUGACAAAGACAAUCAAAAAGUAUAUACGUUCACUAGCAGUAACAUAAAUUCGUGCUCUCUAAAUUAUAUAAAUAUAUAUAUUUUUUUUUUCUUGUACUAUUUUUGAAGAUUUCCUAAAAUUAUGGAACAUUUGUGCAAAAUCCUUAGUUACGAUAUCGGGCGUUUCAUAACAGAUUUAAUCAAUGCCUUGAUCAAAAUUGGUUACGAAUAUUUGGGCAAGGAAAAGAAGGCAUGCAAAGGUGGGUCUAAGAGAGUCAAAUAUCCCAGUUAUACCAUAAGACACAAGUAUCCAAAACGUCUGGUGACCUACGAUGGGGAAGGGAGUUGUGAGCCGCGUCUAAUACGUUUUUCAGAUCUGUCUGAAAGUGACCUAGACGCUUUCAAAUGUCAGGGCAAAAAAGGAGGCAAAAAAGAGCCCAAAAAGUGUUCUUAUGAGUGUGGACAUCCGAAGAAAAUGGACACAGAGGAAGAUGAUUCUGAUGUAGAUGAGGAUGAAUGUGAAGAUGGCAACGAAAAUGAUGAAGAUCAAAUGGAAGACGAUGAAUGUGAAGAAGAAGAGGAAGAUGAGUGCCAAGAUGAGGACAAGUUUGAUUUGAUAAAUUUUAUCAAGAAUCUUACCAACCCAAAGUCAACAACUGACCGACAAUCUGCGGGCCAAGAUUGCAGCAAUGAGGCACCUCCAAAUGAAGAUUUUUUCCUUAAGUUGCAGCAAAAGGCCAAAGUGUUGUAUCAAAAUUGGCUUCGCUGUAACCAGGCUCAAGAGCAAGCCAGUCCGGAAACAUUUUGGGACUCAAUGACGCCCGCCCACCAACUACGAUUCUACUGGACUGCAUAUACAGGCGAAGAGUUACAAUCAACUCCCAUUGAAAAUUUUAGCCAAUGUUAUAAGAAGGAUUUUACACAGAGGAAUCCAUGCGAUAGCAUGAAGAAAUUGCAAUCGGAAGUACGACGACAUUGGGCCUGCAUGAAGAGAUGCCGGCGAAUGCCUUUUAUUUUUCAAGCGGUCAUCUACCACAUUAGUGUGAAUGAUGUGGAUCCCAAUGAUGAUUGUGCCCUUCGUGACUUGUUCAACAAAUUUCGUUAAAUAAGGCGACGACCUUGAGCCAUGUCUACAAGUGUCUUUCGAGUGAUUUUGAAUUCCAUUUACCAAUUUCCAGUGUUGCCUUUGCUUUCAUUAUGUUUAUAUGAAACAGAUGUCCGAUCGCCAAGGAGAUCUAUUUAUAUGCAGAAGUGUCGAACAAAUUUGCAAAGGGACAAGCAUUUGUACAUAUAUAGACUGAUUCUUCUCAGCUGCCUCUCAUAUUCGUUGGAUAUUCAUGGACUGUUCAAUAUUUGCACUUGAACCACAUUUGUUUUCUUUUUUUUGUGCAGCAAACAAGUAAAUUAAUAAUGGAUGCUUUUUGAUACUUUUGGCACAUUGCUUCAAGGUCAAUUAAUAAGAAGAGUGAGAAAGUAGAUUUUCACUUCGCCUCAAGGUUCAUUGAAAAGAAGAAAGACUCAAUUUCAAGGUCAAGCAUCGUCGAUUCUAGUUAAUGAGUUAUUGUGGUCACCAGCUCCUCCGUCUCCAUGCCAUGCAAACAAUUCAAUAUACCAUGCCCAUAAAUUAGCAAUAAAAAUUGUUGCAAAAGAUAUAUAUAAUAUAUAAACAA